AAAAAAACUAGUUUAGGUUCCAAAUCUCGUUCUCGGCCAUAUAAAUACCCAAACCUGGCUGCAAGCCAAUUCAGUAUUGCCAUGAACUUGGAGCGAUGAGGCAAAUGCAUAGAAUUUUGAAGUUGUUAACAAUUUUGGGAGUUUUCAUUCACUCCAGUCAUGCUGGCAGCACAAGCUGUGGCUGUGCCCCUGGUCCACCGGGUUAUCCGGGAGAUAAAGGUCCCCCAGGUUAUCAGGGUCCACGCGGUGAUGUAGGCUCUAUGGGUAAUCGGGGACCCACUGGACCCCAAGGUCCCCAGGGACCCAGAGGCGAAACGGGUGAUCGAGGAGUACAGGGAGAUUCAGUACCCGUCGCACAAUACGAACCGGGUUUACCAGGUCUCCCAGGACCACGGGGACGUUGUGGUUGUCCCAAUAAUCGUUUCAAUCAAUUUGCCAAUAGAUUUUCACCCUAUGACAGCCAACAAUCGCCGGAUUAUGGCGAUGGCUAUUCGGAAUAUAAUACGGGAGAUUAUUAUCUAACCGAUAAUAGGGGAUAUUUGAAUUAUUUGGGUCAAAGGAUACCACCGCAACUUAUGCAGCACACUACCACCACAACGACGACGACAACUACGCCACCACCUCCCAUAUCGGAUAUAAUGUUUCCCCACCGGCUGGCUGGCCUUUCCAGUGGUCUCUAUAUGUUGGAUGCCAAUGGUGUUUUGGCACCAUUUCAACCUAGCAAUCCAUAUGAGCUUUUUGCCAUGGCAGAACCGAGCACAACCACCACAACGACGACCACAACAACUACACCACGGCCCCAUCAUGAGUCCAGCACCAUGGUCAAUGAUAAAGUCUAUAUUUUAGGUCCAAAAGGUACGCUAAUUCCAUUGGAGGUAUUCGGCAUUCACAAGCCCAAACAAUAUCAGCGGAAACCGACUAGAAUGGUUAGUAGCUAUAACAAGUGGUUACGUGGCAUGUUAAUGGGUGAAAUAUUGCCGGAUUAUGGCGAAAAUGAUGGGGAAACUGCACCUGUUGAGGAUGAUGAUGAUACUGAGGGUGGUGAUGUCUUCGAUGAUGGAGAUCAAUAACGUUUUUUGAGAAAUAUUUAUUUAAUAAAA